GAAUGGCUUAGUUACGUUUCCUUCUUUGGUUGAAUUGGUUAGGUCACGAGGAGUGAGAUUGGUCAGCGUUUGGCUAAGAAUACCAGGGUAAGCUAAUGAGAGGCAGAGUAAGGCAAAGUAGGGCGGGACUUGCCUUCGCUAUCCUAGGAAACGCGAAUUCGCCUGCAGGAGGAGGCAGGAGGAUACUCUUGGAUUGAAGUGUAGUUUUAAAUCAUCAUAAAAAGCUAAAAUCAAGGGCGACAUAACGUUACAUUAUUAAAUGAACGCAUACACCCGACUGCAUUGAUGGGGAACAUAAAGAAUUCUUCGCUCUGACGUCGAACAUCAGCGAAGAGAAACGGAACAGGACAACGCGCGUGGACCCUAAAAAGUGCUUCUGAUGGCUGGUCAACUCCUCAAAGUAUCCUCUCUGGCCACAGCAGUGUUUGCCUCCUCUGGGUUUUACCUCUACAACAGACAGCUGAACCUUAAUGACCUGACGGUCAUCCGCUUCGGACGAGCUGCAGCCACCACGGUGGUCAUCAGUUUAGACUAUCUGACUGCCUUUAAACAUGUGGAAUAUGGCACAGAGGAGUACUGGGCAAUCAGGUCCAAGGUGCAUCUGAGGUCGGCGGAACGUCUUCGAGACUUGUGCUGUGCCAACCGGGGUACUUUUAUCAAGGUGGGCCAGCAUCUCGGUGCUCUAGACUACUUGCUGCCUCAGGAGUACACAUCCACACUGAAGGUGCUCCACAGCCGCGCUCCUCAAAGCAGCAUGGAGGAGGUCAAGCAGGUCAUUAGAGAAGACCUCAGUAAGGAGCUGUCAGAGUUAUUUGUCUCCUUUGAAGAGAAGCCUCAGGGUGCAGCCUCCUUAGCUCAGGUCCACAAGGCAGUGCUGCAUGACGGGAGGACAGUGGCCAUCAAGGUCCAACACCCCAAAGUCCAGAGACAGAUGUCCAGGGACAUAGCGGUGAUGGAGGUGCUGUUGAGGGCGGUCCAUUGGCUCUUCCCAGACUUUGCCUUUAUGUGGUUGGUGGAAGAAGCCAAGAAGAACAUGCCGCUAGAGCUGGACUUCCUUAAUGAAGGACACAAUGCUGAGAGGCUGGCCAACAUGCUGGCCCACCUCCCCUUUCUCAAGAUUCCCAUCAUCCAUUGGGAUCUGUCAACAAAGAGGAUCCUGACUAUGGAGUUUGCUGAAGGGGGGCAGGUCAACGACAAGGACUACAUGAAAAAACACAGCAUUAAUGUCAACGAGAUCUCAGAGAACCUGGGUAAGAUGUACAGUGAAAUGAUCUUCGUCCAUGGCUUUGUACACUGUGACCCACACCCUGGCAACGUGUUGGUCCGAAAGUGUCCCCAGAGCAAGAAGACAGAGAUCAUCCUGCUUGAUCACGGCCUUUAUCAGGUCCUGCAGUCAGACUUCAGGUUGGACUACUGUCGGCUGUGGCAGGCUCUGAUUAAAGGUGACAUGUCCGGGGUGGAGCGUUACAGCCUCAGACUGGGAGCUGGAGAUCUUUACCCGCUGUUUGCCUGCGUGCUCACCGCUCGCUCCUGGGCAGCCAUCAAUGUCGGCAUCAGUUCUGUGUCUGUCACACACUCUGAGGGAAAGGCCUUUGAAGUAGAGGAGAGCAGGACACUGACGCUCACAUGGACUCAAGCAGCCAUCUUCAACAUCAAAGAGAACAAAUAGUCAUCAUGGAGGCAAACAUCAUCCCUCUGUCUCUCUUUUUCUUCCUUCAUCAUUUCUUUUUUUCUAUGCUCUGUCAUUUACAGUAUGUUGUUAUUUAUACUGAGGCAAAACUCUAUUCUUGUUUUAAUCCCCUUAUCCUUCCCAUGUACUACUUUGUCUGGAAUUUUUAACACACCUUGUAGCCCAUGCACACGUUUGUAAUUAGCACUAGAUCUUACUUAGAAAUAGAUGAAUAAUCUUUUUGUCCCAGGAGGGAAAUUUGAUUUCCCAAUCUACACAUGUCCAUGUCUGACAAAAAAACAUACUAUGCUGGACAUCGAUUAUACAUACUCAUUCAUGCCCCUUCCUUUAUCCCUACAUACACUUGCAUACAUGAGUACACAUGCUCACAUAAAUUAUAUAUACACACACACACACACACACACAUCUAUACGUAUUAUCGCGGUAUUUUAUUAUGACUGCCAAGAGAAAAGGGACAAAGCUCAUGCUAAUGCAGCCCUCUAUUUUGGCUAAUGUAAUUGUUAAUGCAAUGGCUGUGUUGUUGAGGUCUGCGUGUUCAGAUAGAGAGGCUAAUGAUUUUGGUGGAGAUCGUAGUGAAUAAACAGGGAACAGUACAACAGGAUGGGUUGAAUUAUGCUUUUGUAGAGUAACAAUAGGAGGUGUCGGGCAACAGACAGUGCUUCGAGUUUACUGGCAUCGUUCAAAGUAGGGAUAGACCUUCGGGUUUUUUUUUCAGAGCCGAUACUGAUUAUACUUUCAUGAGAUAUAAACUUUUAGUAUUCUUACGUAAACCAUCUCACAUCAGUUACCUAAAAUCAACAUAAUGAGCCUGUAGUGGUAGUGGUAAUAUGCCCAAGAGGGCCCAGAGGGUCCAUGAGGCUGUAAAGAAAAAAUGGGAUAAAGUGUGUGAUUGCAGGGAUGUGGAAGAGCAAUAGUGGUAACAGUGUUAUGCUACAUAUGUUUUUUAAAUAACAAUCAAAUUGAACAUGAAAACACUAUUUAAGCCACAAACAAAUGUAGCCAUAACACUGUUGACAAAUUUCCAGCCAGCCUUCCACCUGCACUUUUGGGGCAGUAAAAAAAACAUUAUCUUCAUGCCAGGGUGUUGAUGGUGAAGCUGGUCCUUCUCCAUCACAGGGAUCAGCUAGAUGUUGUUGCUGCCACAUGAGGACACCUGGAGCUGCAAUUCUGCAGGGAGUAGUUAGAGAAGAUGAGAUAAUGAUCCACACUGACUUUUGGAGAAAACUUAAAUGCGUAAUAAAUGCUUUAGGUAAUAAAAAAUAUAAAGUUAGCGAUAUGUUUAUGUAGACAAUAUCAUUAUGUAUCAUCUGUAGGAUAAAAUGGAGCAAGGGAGCCUAAAUAUGUCAAAAUAUAGAUUAGACUUAGACUUAGACUUCUCUUUAUUGAUCCUUUUGGGAUGACUCCCGCAAGGAAAUUAAAUAUCCAGCAGCAGAUUUUAGCAGCAUACAAACAAAACGCUCUUUAAAUAAUGAGGUAUAGAAAA